AAUAAAGUCUGAUUCUGCGCACUGGGAAUAAAACUCGGUGACGAUGCAAAAUAUUAUUGUUUUGCGGAUGAUAACAGCAAGUUUGCAGUUCUAAACUUGCUACGUUUCGGUGACGUUGAAAAAUCUCUCGCAGUAUAAAAGCCUUCAAGCAAAAGAUAUCGCCCAAAGCGAUCGCUCGUCGACCAAGAAUACACAACCGUAGCUAAAACAUUGAGACGCAAAGGAUCAAAAACAAGACAACCAUGUCCUUGUCCGUGAAAGCUUAUCUUCUCCAAGAUGACGGCAACCAAGAGAUCAGACGUUUCGCCGUCGACGAAGGAGUUUCAACCAACUAUGACUAUUUGGUUCAGAAAGUCCAGUCGGUUUUUCCUAACGUUCGAGGCAGAGGGAUUCGACUCUACUGGAAAGAUUCUGACGAAGAACUCGUAACUUUCUCUAGUGAUGAGGAAUUGGUUGAAGCCCUUGGCAGUCUAAAUGGAAAUGUGUUUCGCCUUUUCAUCAAGCCCGUUGGUGAAGUGCCCAUACCCCCCGAAGGUUCAGAUGACUCUGGGGCCUCAAACGCCAUUCACCCCGGCGUUGUAUGUGAUGGGUGCAAUGUCAACAUCAUGGGCACCCGCUUCAAGUGCGUCAUCUGCCCUGACUUUGACUUGUGCAUGAAAUGUGAAGCCAAAGGUCUUCAUCGUGAGCAUGAGAUGCUCCGCAUUUGCACCCCACGGGCCCAUCCACAUUUCCAUGGUCCGUUUGCCAACCCACCACCACCUUUUGGGCCUCAACACUUUGCCCAAGGGUUUGGGCCCUGGAAGCAUGGCCACAGAGGUCACUUCUGGGGCCCUGGCCGCCGCUGUGGAGGUCCCAGGGGGCAUUGUGGCAAGGGAAGAGGCCCUAGGUGCAAUCGGCAUCAGGAGAAAGCCAAAGAGAGUACUGAGCAGCCACAACCUGGUACAUCUGCUGAAGAACAAGGACAGGAGGUCCCAGUAGGACCACCCUUUCUGCACAACAUGGGAGAAGCACUGGCCUCCUUUCUAGGCCCAAUGGGAGUUGAAGUCCACACUUAUGCUGAUGAUGAGCAAGAUUGCUGCCAAGGAAAAUGCAACUGCUCCCACAAAAAGCAUGGUAAAAAGUACCCCAAGGAUAGUUCCUCCUCCUCUUCUUCCAGCAGCUCAAGCAGCAGCUCCAGUGACAGUGAGAACGAGAAAAAGGCCCACAAGAAAGGAAAACAUGGCAAGCACAAGGAAGAAAGAGAUGGAAAAACAGCAGAAGCCACAGACAGCCUCCCUAUGGACACCGAGCAUGGAGAAGGAUAUGUGUUGGUUGACAAAGAAAACCAGUCAGAGAACACAACUGAGGAUCAGGGAGGGGCAGCAGAGGGUACAGAUGAGGCACCUGUGGACCCCUUAGAGGUGGCUAUAGCCCAGAUGCGUGCCAUGGGGUUUGAGGAUGAUAGUGGAUGGCUCGCCCAGCUUAUCAAGUCCAAGGAGUACGAUAUUGGCAAAGUGCUGGAUGCCAUUCAGUUUGAGGGAAAGAAGUAGACCAUUGCCUUGGUUUGAACUCUUGGGCUAUGUAGCUUUUUCACUGUAUGUAAUCUAAUAAUUUAGUGCAGGAUUUCAUAAGAUUCAAUUGUCAGCUCAUACUAUAAUAUUAUAUGGGGUGUCAAUGGAAAAAAAAUAAAGCAAUGGGAAAAAUUCAA